AGGUGGAGACAGGGUAGACGGGAACACAAAGUCCACUUGAGUGUGAGUCCCAGCCCAGUGCCUUCACUGAGCCCAGAUCCUCAUCUCCCCUGCUGUGGGGCUCAGCAUGGGACAAGCGAUGCACUGAUGAGCCACCAGUGCACCCCACAUUGGAACCUGCAUUGGAAAUUAUCUCCUAAGUAGAUACUCCCUUCCAAACUGGGGAUGUAGGACUUGCAAACUAGAAAAUGCCAGGUCUGAGAGAGAGGGAAGAACAAGUACAGCAAUACACAGAGCUCUGUGUAUUCAGAGGGAAGUUGGCAGGGUUGUGUUCGGGCAGAGAAACUCCGAGUGGUACAAAGGGACGUGCCCAGAGUGGAGAAAUCAUGCUAAUUGUCUGCACCAGAGCUGGAGAAUGUCACCCGAAAUGAAGAGAGAAAGGGGAGCCCUGUCCAGAGCCUCCAGGGCCCUGCGCCUCACUCCUUUUGUCUACCUUCUUCUGAUCCAGACAGACCCCCUGGAGGGAGUAAACAUCACCAGUCCAGUACGCCUGAUCCAUGGCACUGUGGGGAAGUCGGCCCUGCUCUCUGUGCAGUACAGCAGCACCAGCAGUGACAAGCCUGUAGUGAAGUGGCAGCUGAAGCGUGACAAGCCAGUGACUGUGGUGCAGUCCAUCGGCACAGAGAUCAUCGGCACCCUGAGGACUGACUAUCGAGACCGUAUCCGACUCUUCGAAAAUGGCUCCCUGCUUCUCAGCGACCUGCAGCUGGCUGAUGAGGGCACCUAUGAGGUUGAAAUCUCCAUCACUGAUGACACCUUCACUGGGGAGAAGACCAUCAACCUCACUGUGGAUGUGCCCAUUUCGAGGCCGCAGGUGUUAGUAGCUUCGACCACUGUGCUGGAGCUCAGCGAGGCCUUCACCCUGAACUGCUCACACGAGAACGGCACCAAGCCCAGCUACACCUGGCUAAAGGAUGGCAAGCCCCUCCUCAAUGACUCGCGAAUGCUCCUGUCCCCUGACCAAAAGGUGCUCACCAUCACCCGUGUGCUCAUGGAGGACGAUGACUUGUACAGCUGUGUGGUGGAGAACCCCAUCAGCCAGGGCCGCAGCUUGCCCAUCAAGAUCACCGUGUACAGAAGAAGCUCCCUUUACAUCAUCUUGUCUACAGGAGGCAUCUUCCUCCUUGUGACCUUGGUGACAGUCUGUGCCUGCUGGAAACCCUCCAAAAAGUCGGGGAAGCAGAGGAAGCUGGAGAAGCAAAGCUCCCUGGAAUACAUGGAUCAGAAUGAUGACCGCCUGAAAGCAGAAGCAGACACGCUACCACGAAGUGGAGAGCAGGAGCGGAAGAACCCCAUGGCACUCUAUAUCCUGAAGGACAAGGACUCCCCGGAGCCCGAGGACAGCCCCGCCCCGGAGCCUCGGAGCGCGACCGAGCCCGGCCCGCCCGGCUACUCCGUGUCGCCCGCUAUGCCCGGCCGCUCGCCGGGGCUGCCCAUCCGCUCCGCCCGCCGCUACCCGCGCUCCCCGGCUCGCUCCCCCGCCACCGGCCGGACGCACACGUCGCCGCCCCGGGCCCCGAGCUCGCCCGGCCGCUCGCGCAGCGCUUCGCGCACACUGCGGACUGCGGGCGUGCACAUAAUCCGCGAGCAAGACGAGGCUGGUCCGGUGGAGAUCAGCGCCUGAGCAGCCUCGGGGCUCCCCCACGAGGCGCCAGCGGCCUGCGGGCCCGGGGGAGGACCGAGAAGCCGGGGCGCAGCGUGCUAGAGGUCCCGGUGGGGCCGCUGGUGUGUUGGGGCUGGACGUGUGUGAGCAUGCGCAGAUGGGAGGGGUUGCAGUGGGCGGCCGCGGAGUGUUGAUCUGGUGGUUAAACCGGGUCGCGUUUGCCCCUGGUUUACUGGCUGUGUUCUCAGUGGGUAUGGGUUGUGCCUUGUUAGGACCACGUAGAUUAUUAAAUUUCUGGCCCAAUCCCCAAAA